AUGGAAAAAUUAGGAUUAAAAGAAGAUGGACUGCGUAUUUUUGAUGCGGAAGAUGGAACAGAAAUUGAUGAAGACGAAUGUCUUUUGGAAUAUGAUAAAGGAACUACUUUUCUUAUUUCAAAAGAAUGGAAAUUUAAUCCUGAAACACAAAUUGUCGACAAUGUUGAUGAAAUCAUAGAAGUUUCUACUCCAACGUCUCUAAUUACAGAAAGCCAGGAUCAAAACAAAAAUAGCGAAGAAAGGAAUGUCGAAGCUGGAGCUACAAUGCAAACGAAUGUUUUUAACGGAGUAAAAAAAGAUGAACAUGCAGAAGAAAAGAAAGAAAAAGUUCCAGGUCAUUACUGUCAUGCUUGUUAAUGUCCCAUGGCCUCUUUAUCUGUAGACAGUGGUGGAUUUAGGGUCUGGUCAACAGGGGUGCAUGGGGGGGGGGGUGCAAAAAUGACAUUUAUCCUAAUUCUAACCAACUUAUGUUAAGGAAUUCAGUUGCGUAUCACCAGUUGACAAUAGCGGAAUAGCCAAUAUUAAAUAUUCUGAAUUUUUAAAUGUUUUGAGAAUCUAAAAAUUUUUCAGAAUGCUGGAAAUGCCAAAUUUUAAAGAUUUUCUGGAGAGUACGCCCCCGGACCACCCUAGAAAUCUCGCGCCUUCGGCGCUCGUUUCGCCAUUGGUUAGCACCCCCCAAAAAAACUUUGCUGGAUCCACCACUGUCUGUAGACCUACCUGAUUAUGUAAUAGGAUUUACUCAUAUGAGGCAAAACUGAGAGUGGGUGAUAUAACCCUCAAAAUUAGUGAGUGAAGUGAGGGAACUAAUUUAUUUUCAUAUCGACCAUAAGAAGCAUUAUAGUUGCAUUAUAGAAAAUAUAACUGCAUUAACAACAACGCAAAAAGUACUUACUAUUUUACGUAUACUUAUUAUUUAUUUUUUAAUAAAUAGUCUUACAAGAACGCAAAAGGAAAAGAUCUUUUGAAGACGCAUUAAUGAGCAAUCCCUACAGACAUGCGAAAAUGAAAAGAUGGAAGGUUUUUACCGAAGCAGAAAUCGCUCGUGCAUCAUCUAAAAUUGAACAGACAAGGCGAAAAUUUUGGAAUGAUAAAGCAGAGCAACUGGCUUCACUGAAACCGAAAAGAUCGGGUAUGAACAAAACAACUGUUUAUGGGAUCAUUGAUGUAUCAUGGACUCUACGAAAGACGGCGAUCAUUGAAAACAACGUGAACGAAACGCUAGAUAAAGAAAAAAUUAUUUUGGGUCAAGACGGAAUGAAGAAGAUAGGUUCGCAAAAAAAGGAAACUAUCCCAAAUAAUUUGCAGAGGAUGGAAACAGCUAAUUUGAAUGUUCAGCGUGCAAAUGCUAAUUUAGAGAAAGUAAAGGAAGAGUUUGAAAAAGCAAAGAGCACGGUAGAAGAACAAAAAUUAAAAAGCAAUGGAAAAGAAGUAAAGAUGAUUUGGACGAGGCCUAUACUAAGCUAA